GAUUAAUAAUGGCAAUAAGUGAUAAGUCUGGAAAAAUUAUAGUUAUUUCAAAAUAUAUGUAGUCCUUAGGUUUGUCAAAUUUCAAAACUAUUUCCAAAUAUUUCAGGAAAAUUGUUUAAAUUGAGUAAAUUUAUAGAUAUGUGUUAAAGUAUUUACUGAACAAAGAUGAAGAAUUAUAAAUAUCCCAAUUUUGAUAAUACCAAUGAAAAUCUGCUGAUCAGCUGAUUGCCUUUAAGUUCCACGAUGGCCACUACCGGUGUAAACAGUGAAAGUGAUGUCAAAAUGUCUGAAAAGGAUGAUAAUAAGAAAGGACCAGUUACUGAAAUUGAAUUUCAAGUUUCUCAAGUGAUAAAUCGUUUGGAAGAAGCCGUAAUCGGAAAGAAUUAUUCACAAGAUAAUUCUGGUGCAAGUGUGUCAUCUUUGAAUGUUGAAAGUUUAUCAGAAACACAACCAAAAUCUGUGCUUCAACAACUUGAGGAUUUAUUAGUCCAUGACAGUGAGAAUGAAGUAGAGUAUACCGCACUACCAGAGCUAUGUGAAGCUAGCAGGUUGUCUAUAAUUAGUCAUGCCAUAGCUGCUUAUUCAGGUUCUUUAGAACGGAAUCAUAUCGCUCAUCUUUCCAGCAAAAUUUCAAACACAGUCGAUUGUUUGAUUGCUGAUUUGUUCAGGUGUGAAAAUUAUAAAGUUUGCUACCAUGACGAUCAGCUUGGUGGAAUUGUCAGAGUAGUCCGUGCUUUGCUGAAUGCUAAAGUUCCUCAUUUUUCUGAACUUGGAUAUGAAGCUUUAAAAAAACUUCCGGUUAUUUAUACAAGCAUAAUUUCACCAGUUGGCAUAGUUCAAUUUAUAUGCAAUCAACUUGGGCUCCCUUUGCGAUGUGUGAACGCAAUUCCUUGCAAUACCUUAUUCGGAUCGCAGAAGAUGGACCUAGCUGCUCUGGAGAGAGAAAUUGAAGCAGAUAAAGAAAACAACAAGUUGCCAUUGAUUGUUCUAGCUGAUGCUGGUACUCCAGUUUCUGGGCACGUCGAUAAUUUAACAAGGCUACAAGAGAUAUGUAAAGCAAGUGGUGUUUGGCUUCAUCUCAGAGGACAUUCUCUAGCAGCACUUGCUGUACCGUUGUAUCCUAAUGCAACAGGACAUAUUUCUGACAGCAUGACACUGCCUUUGGGAAUAUGGCUUGGUAUUCCAGGAUUACCAACUGCUACUGUUUAUAACCAUGAAUUGUUAGUGUCUGUUUCUCCCAGUCUACUGGACACGCCUGGACGAAAAUUAAUCUCGCUCCCAUUGUGGUCAACUUUUCAGUGUCUGGGAAAAGAAGAAGUUAGAAAGAGGUUUCAGCGUGCUUUUGAUUGGUGCCAGCAACUAUGGUUGAGGAUAGAAAAAUAUCCUAAUAUCAGACUUCUAAGCCAACCGCCUGGUGGGGAAGGAGGUAUUAUUACCGUUUCGGAACUUGCAACAAAACCUGUGAAUGCAAAUAUAUUAUUUGAAGUUGCUGCAUCUACUGUAGUUUUCCAGUUCAUUCCAGAAAAUCAUCAAGGAAGAGUCCCUCCUUACUAUGAUAAAUUGAAUUCCUGGCUUGGUCAGAUACUUCAAAGGGAUUGUCCUCUUGUCAAUAUAACUCUUUGUGAAGUUGAGAAUAACGAAGUGGUUCUACGAUAUUGUCCUUUGGAACCACAACCAGGCGUUCACGAACCUCCUGAUUUCGAAUCAUUUGUAGCUUGCUUAGAACAGCAGAUUGAAAUUUUAACUGCUACUGUGAAGCACAAAAGUGAAUUCCAAAAGCUAGUUGAAGGGUCUCAAUGUUUACGACUAGUCGAAAUUGAGGGCUGGGCCGGUUUGGGAGGAGUGAGGUACCAGCCGACAGCUUAUCAAGACGUACAAUUAACGGAUUAUAUUAAAGAACAAUUGAAUAAUCUCAACGUUAGUCUAGUUGAAAGAUUGAGAGCUACUGAUGCAGCCUUUUCUCUUGGUGAAGGUGGCGAUGGUUUGGCUUGCGUGAGGUUUGGAAUGGUGACUAGUGACACCGACGUGGGAGAACUUUUAUCUUUAGUGGAAACUGCAGGUCAAGAGGAAGAAGAAACAGGAAAAGUUCUCGAUACAAUGGCUGAAGUUGUGAAGCGAGGUAUAGAAGCAGCCACUUUAGAAUUGCAGAGAGAAAGUGAUGAACAACUUUGGCAAGAAGGGAUAUUGCGUGCCGUUCCUGUUGUCGGCUCGAUAGUGAAUUGGUGGUCCCCUCAUCACAAGGGUUCAGGUAUCAAAGGUCGAAGCUUGGAUCUCACAGCUGGCAUAGUUGCCUCUACAGAAAAUAUUUAUAGGUACCAUAUGCAGGCCGCUCCUAAUAACCAGCCUUUGGAACAGCUGCCUGUCGGUCAUUCGAGGUCAUCCUCGGCUUCUUCUAAUCAGCCGCAUCAUCCCUGACAGGCGUUGUGCUAAUCAUCAGGGUGCUGUGAAUUGAUUAUUUAUUUGUCUAUAAGCCAUUUAAUUAAUUUUAAACUAUUGUUGGAAGGUGACUAAUUUUUAGAUUGUUUUAAUUUGUAUUAUUUCACUAAAGUAAACAAUGAAAAUAAUGUAUUAAAAUAUUCUGAUUAAGACUAAUGACAAUAAAAUAUUUAAUUUUAUUGCUGCAAUUUUACCAAAAGAAAAAAAAAAUAAUGAAAAACUGUCAAAUGGUUCAUUUAUUAUCAUCACUGAUUAAAUUAAUUGUUAUAUUGUUAAUGUUAUAUAGUUUUUGUAUUAUUUAGUAGUUUAAAUGUGAUUUAACAACUAUAUGAUUGUGUCUAGUACUGAUAUGAUUCAUUAUUAUUUUCUAUUUUUAUAGAAAAAAAAUGUGUUUGUAUAUACGUUUUAUUUUCUAUUUAUUAUUAUUAUUAUUAUUUUUAGAAUUAUAUUAUUUAUUAACAUGAGCCAAGCUCUAAUGUCUAUGAAACAUUACCAUUAGCACAAAUAUAAGUUGUGCAGGUAUCUUUAUUUAUAGGUUAGGCAGUUGCAAAAAUAAAGAGUGACCCAAUUUAAUUUUGUUUUUUGUCAAAUUGUUUGAAAUAAUUCACUAUAUAUGUCAUAAUAUCAUUUGUUAUAUUUUUAUAAGUCGUUAUGUUUAUAUACGAUUGCUUAAAUAAAAAAAUAAUAGUAAUACGAUACUUAAAGAGUCCCACAGGUCCUAACUAGAUGGGAUCAGAUCACAUUAAAUAAAACUAGCUGUUAAAUGCACACGAUAAAUAUUUUAGUGAUUUUUUCUAAUAAAUAUAUGCUUCCCUUUAGCUUUUAUUUUCAGUACUAUGUAAUUUAUCAGUAAUCUAAGUAACUUAUAAAUUGAUAUAGGAUUAAUAGAAGAAAACAUCUUUGUGUUUAAAAUUUUACAUGAUACAUUAAUGUUAUUAGGUAAAAUUAAAAAUUUUAAAACUAAAUAUACAUUUCAGUGAAGCUUACAUAUGUGUUGUGGAAUUUUUAGAAAUACAUUACAGCUUUAGUAUAAAAUAGAGGAAACAAUUUUUGGUUGCCUGAUAAUGGAUAAGUAUAGACCCAACUCAAGUCAAACUCUCUCUUUAAAUUAUUUCCUUACUUACCGCUUGCCACAUUAAAUAAUUGAUUAGCUAAAUUCUUGUUAAUUUUUUUUCAAUCCAGUGUGGCGAGAAUUAGUGGGACUCUACUGUAUAUCAGGUUUUACUUGAAUUAGGUAAUAUUUGUCAAUAUAAAAAUUCUGUUUUUAAUUUUGUUUCUUAAUAUUCUACACAAUGGUACAAUACAGGAAUUUAUUUUAUGUUUAAAUUUUGUUUAAUUAUUAUUUUAUUGAAUCUCUAUCAUCUGGUCUAGUAGUAGUAAUAACUUGUAAGAUUGUAGGCUGUCUUUUGAAUUACAUUCUUUGCGAUCAUAAUACAUUUAACUUUUUUUUUUAUAGUUACAGUGAUUUCGGCAUUAUCAUUUAUUUUGGUGACUACAGAAUUUGGGCGAACUAUUACCUUACCUUAUCUAUGGUGGUUACCUUAUCUAUGAAAAAUUUACCAUAGAAUUUAUUCAUAUCAUCAUAACUAUCUAAAAUUGAUUGUCUUAGGCAUUGACAAGGUCAUUAAUUAUUCAUCUAUAACAAUAGAUUUUUUACAAAAUAGUUGAAUUUGUUUUUCAAUUUCUCUCACCUAAUGAAUGAUAAUUUAUUAAUACUAGUAUGUAUGUUUUAAACAGUCAUAUUUUUUUUUUUUAUUAAUUGCUAUUUGGAAGAGGGGAAUGUUUUUCCCUUUCUGCCUCCCAUGGAUCUGUUUUUUGCUAAAAAGUUCGGAGAAAUGUUCUAAAACAUUUAUGUUCUUUUUUUUUUUUUUUACUUAGACUUACUUAUUUCCUUCCUUUCUUUCAUGCUUAUGCUAUAUUGCAUUAUGUGUCCAAAAAAUAUUAGUGAAUUUAAUUAAAGUGUAAAGUUUUGUCUUAACAGAACUUAACCAAACAUAAGAAACAAGAGAUAAUUGAGAAUUCAUUAAUUAAAGAUAUUGACUAUGUCAUAAACUGUUUAUUAUUUUAAUUUUGUCCAAUUUGUAUUUCUGUAUUUUCUUUUCUUUUUUUUUUUUUAUGAACAUAUUUUAUUGGAAAUACGAACUUAUCUUUAAAAAAUUUGUUUCAAACAAACCAUUCUUGAAUCGAACCAUUGCAUGCAAAAGUGGUAUAAGUAAACAAUUGUUUUAAUGUGCUCAACAUUUUAGGGGAAGUUCUAUAAAUGUAGACAAAGAAUAAUAAUAAUAAAUACUUUUUAGUAUGGAAUUAAUUAUUUAUUAUGAAAAAGACUUACACCACUUUUGUGUUCAACGGCUCAAUUAUUGUUUCUAAGUUUUAUCAGGAAAUUAUUUAAUUAGUUUUAAAAAUUCAUUACAACUAUUAUCUCUCAAAUAUGUGGUAUAUUUAUUGGACAGUGUCAAUCUAUACCUACUAUGAUUUAUUUUUUCUCAUUUCUCUUACAAUUUUUCUGUACUUAUUUAUUUAAUACUUUUUUGGUUAUCUUAUUUUUCUUUAAAUUUUGUCUAUUUUAUGUGUCACCUUUCAUUUAUGGUUGAUUUUUUUUUUUUUUUUUGUUAUCUAAAGUCUAUUCCUUAACUUUCUUUCCUUGAUUAUUGUUAAUUUAUAUGACAUGUAUAUAAGCAACAUUUAAUUUAAUACGAUAAAAAGGUAAUAAAUUAUAGAGUAAGUGUGUACUACAGUUAAAAGUAGUUGUAUAACAGAAAAUCUUCUUGUAGAACAUACAACUCAAAAGCACUAUCAGUAUUAGUGGAAAUUGUUUAAAGUAUUUUGGGCUUCAUAAAAAUUGUUGUUAUACUCAUUAAAAUUCAACGAUAAGGGUCAUGUGCUAUUCAACGUACUAAUUGUGUAUUGAUCCUGUAAAGUGGCACAUUUAAUCAACUAUCAAGCAAUAGUUUUAUUUUGUAUUAGAUGUUUUUAUUAUUAAAUUGUCAAGUAAUUCACAUCAUUAAAUAAAAGACUUAUCAUCUGUUGUAAAUACGUGCAUUUCUUUAAGAUGUAUAUUUGUAUAAUUUUGAUGUAACAUGUACAUAACUUAUUUAUUUUGUAUUCGUAAUGAAUUAAAAUUAUGAUAUCUUAGAUGUUUAACUAUACACCAAAGAUGCCUAAAUUUUAUUAAAUUUAUUGAUCUGCUUAUGAAUGACAUAUUUAAAUUAUUUAUUCCUUUCACCAUCUACACGACUACCACAUUAU